CCGGCCUGGGCCUAUCGUCCCCUAAGCCCGACGCCCGAAUCAGACGCUCGCUGACUCAGCCCGUGCACUUCUCGCUUAGCCCACUGGCGCCACGCAAAAAUAUCCCACGCCCACCCGCCUGUCCUUCUUUUCGAGCCGCCAUCGACGACGACUGAGGAAGACAUCUGUUGUCUAGGUCGCCAUGCAGAUCUUCGUCAAGACCCUCACGGGCAAGACUAUCACCCUUGAGGUGGAGUCGUCCGACACCAUUGACAAUGUCAAGUCCAAGAUCCAGGACAAGGAGGGCAUCCCCCCCGACCAACAGCGCUUGAUCUUCGCCGGCAAGCAGCUCGAGGACGGCCGCACUCUGUCCGACUACAACAUCCAGAAGGAGUCGACCCUUCACCUCGUGCUCCGCCUGCGUGGUGGUGCCAAGAAGAGGAAGAAGAAGGUCUACACCACCCCCAAGAAGAUCAAGCACAAGAGGAAGAAGACCAAGCUCGCCGUCCUCAAGUACUACAAGGUCGACGGCGACGGCAAGAUCGAGCGCCUCAGGAGGGAGUGCCCGCAGGAGCAGUGCGGUGCUGGUGUCUUCAUGGCCGCCAUGCACAACCGCCAGUACUGCGGCAAGUGCCACCUGACCUACGUCUUCGACGAGUCCAAAUAAGCGCUCGACCUUGAGCCUCUCUGUGCGCGACUGGAGGGUACGAUGCCCCGGUUCAACGGCAUGUGCUGGUAGUCACGACGACAAUAUGUAGCUGGAGCUAAAUUCAAAAAUGAAAAAAGCGC